UGGGGGCGCAGGGCGCAGUUAUCGUCCGCCUGGCACCUGUUGCUGCUUUAUUAAGAUUUUUCUCACCUGCCUGUUGAGGAUUUUAACCACUCAGAUCUUCACUAUGUCCGAGGAACACAUGAACUCCAACUCAAGCGGGUACUAUUUUGAUAAUUCAUCAACAAGGAUCCAGAGCAGCUUCGCGUUCUCAGGACCCGUUUUUGUCAUUCUGAUGGUCAUGAUGGUGACUUUGGUCGUGGUGAUAGUUCUGGGAAACGCACUGGUCAUUUUGGCUUUUAAGGUUGACAAGAGUUUGAGGAGACAAUGCAAUUACUACUUCCUGAAUUUGGCUAUCUCAGAUUUCCUUGUAGGGGCAUUCUGCAUCCCCGUCUAUAUCCCCUACAUCCUGACAGGCAGGUGGACGUUGGGUCGAGGGCUGUGUAAGCUCUGGCUGGUUACAGACUAUCUGCUCUGCUCAGCAUCAGUCUUCAGCAUUGUGCUCAUCAGCUAUGACCGUUUCCUUUCUGUCACCAGAGCGGUAAGUUACAGAGCCAGACAGAGCUUGACUCAUCAAGCCAUAUUCAAGAUGAUUGCUGUCUGGGUGCUGGCCUUUGUCCUGUAUGGGCCAGCGAUCAUAUUCUGGGAGCUGGUGGUCGGCAGAAGCCGCGUACCCAAGGAUGAGUGCUUCGCAGAGUUCUAUUAUUCUUGGUACUUUCUGCUGAGUGCUUCUAUGUUGGAGUUUUUCUCUCCUUUCAUCUCUGUUGCUUUCUUCAACCUCAGCAUUUACCUCAGUAUACGUAGGAGGAGGCGCCUCCAUAGGGAGCAUCAGCUUCACCAUCAGCUUCAGGCAAGGGAACCUCCCGCUGCCCAGGGGGAAGGAAUCCCUGUGUCCCACAACUGGGGAUUUGGGAUAAAACUGCCUGGAAGAGGCUCCAUCCACUCUCAGACCUCCUCCCCUUGUUUGGGUAAACAGGAUCCCUUGGCCAGCAGGGCUGCCCAGCCUAGCCGUCUGUCCAGGGAUAAGAAAAUUGCUAAGUCCCUGGCCAUCAUAGUAUGCGUGUUUGCCAUCUGCUGGGCUCCAUACACCCUACUGAUGAUCAUCCGUGCUGCCUGCAGAGGGCGAUGCAUCCAGCAUCACUGGUAUGAGGUCACCUUCUGGCUCCUGUGGCUUAACUCAGCUAUUAACCCAUUCCUGUACCCUCUGUGCCACAGUAGCUUCCGCAGGGCCUUCAGCAAGAUUCUCUGCCCAAAACGGUACACAACUCCGCCUUCGUCUGUCCUGCGCCCUGGCUAGAGAUAAUAAGACACCAUUGAACAAUGUGCCAAGUCAAUUGAUCGAAAGCAGCUUAAACUAAUCCAACACUUUGCCAGGAGGAUCAUAAUUGAUAGCCUCCAACUAUGUUUUUAGUGUUUAAAUGAAUUUUGCAUCUAAGCAUGUUGUUUCUUGCUUGUCAGUUUUAUUUAUAUUUUAUAUAUCUCAAGUGUAUAUUUGCAAAAAUUGUAUUAUUAUUUAUUCACCAGAACGUGGAAAUGAAACUAGGUGUUCAUCAAUUGUAAAGAAGAUCUUUAAUCGUAAAAUAACUUUCUGUAGAUAUAGUAA